AUGUUUCUCGGCAUCAAAGCUGUGCUCCUUGCCCUCUUUCGCCGUUCUUCUCCAGCGGCGCCACAGUCUACAGACCUACUCGAUAUCCUCUCCGACCCGUCCUCUAAACGCGACGCACUUAUUAUGCGAGACUACCUCGACUACCGUAACCCGGGCAGCACAGUGGCGAACGCGCGCGCUUUCACGCGUUAUGUCUUUAAGAAGAGGGAGAGGGAGACCCGGCGGCUGUGCGAGGCCAAGAAGCCAAAAUCGGUCCCUACGAAUCCGCCUCUUGGCUCUGUAGGUGCUGGGAAGGGGCCGGUCAAUGUACGAGGAGAUUUGACUCCAAGGGAAGGACGCCCGGAGGAUUGCGCCAGAGCGGAGUCGGCGCGUCGAUCUCGGAAGUCGCGUACCGUGCUUCACGAGAACCGCACAGACUCGCGUGCUCAGCUUGCGCAGGAAGCCGCGAACGGCCGAGGAGUGUGA